UUUUCAAGCUAAGAAAAAGGAAGCAUAAUUAAUAAAAUGUUUUCACAAGGUCUUCUAACAUUUGUGCAAGAACAUGAAAUUUGCUUACAUAAUAUGCUACAAAAAUAGUAAGUGAAAGUAAUAAGCUUAAUAGGUAAAUAUUUUUAAUAUUUUGUUCACAACGUUAGUUUAAAAUUACAGUUUUCGACGUGCGGAGCUAUUAUUCCUGACAUUAAAUAAAUGGAUGGAACCAUCUAGGGUUUUGGAUAUUUUAGUCCCACUAGUAGGAGCCUUUAAUCACCAGUUAUUCGUGAGAUUAGUGUGCUCCUUGAGUAUAAUAAAUACAUCUGUUUCCUUAAUAAAAUGGUGUUGUCCCGAAUAUCGUCCAUAUUGGUGGUUAAAGGAAUUCAAGGCUGUCCACCAUUUUGACGAUCUACAACAAUAUCCAUCAACUUGUGAAACUUCGGCAGGGUUUCCGUCUGCACAUUCUACGGUUUUUACAGUUUUUGUGCAUUUGUUUUUGGGUCCUUCGAUGUCAUAUAUCAGUCAUCAGUUCAAAAUGGACCAACGUUGUUUAAAAUUGAUUAGUAGUUUUUUGUGGAUCGUUUUUUCAUCGUUAAUGUGGCUCAGCCGAAUGUACUUAUUGGCUGAGUUCUUACAUCAAUGCAUUUUGGGUUCACUAAUAGCUUUUUUGUUUUUGCAUUUUUUCAAUCGUCAUUCUUCGUUCUUUUAUGCGCUGAAUCGUCGAUGGUUGGUAACAGGCGUUUUAUGUUGCAGCAGUAUACCAGUGACGGCAUAUUUUUCUAUGUUGAGUAUGCAUGUUGACCCACAUUGGUCUGUGAGAAUGGCUUUUAAAUGGUGUCAAGAACCCAGCAAUUUGUGUCAUGAAACAAGCCCCGUAUUUUCGUUAGGACGUGAUUUUGGUUAUCUUAUGGGUGUAGCACUUUCAGCUCCUUUAUUCAAACGACAUGAGUGUUCCAAUUCCCGGAUAAAACGAUUGCCUUUAAUGAUAUCUGUUGAGAUUAUCAACUACUGGGCUCGUCUAGAAACUCCAAAGACUAGGGGGCGUUUCAUAUUUGUCGCAUACGAAUGCCUUAGAAAUUUAUUGCAUUCUUUUACUUUGUUAACCAUUUUACCAAAGUUGAUCACAUAGUAAAAAUAUGAAUCGCAGUGUAGAUAUUUAUGUUUUGAAUCUAUAAGUCAGUGUUAUAUGUAUUGGAAACUCUAAAAAGCAUACGAAUACAGACGCAUGAAAGCGGCUAGCUUUCAUGCAGACUUAUAUUAUCAAAUGUGGUAUUUUCACAGCAACAGGCCGGUCUUUUUUUUAGUAGCAAAACGAGAAAAAUAACAGAUUAAUUUAAUUAAAUAUAAUUAAUAAUUAAAUAAUUCAUUCGUUUGACAUCAAUACUUAAAACAAUACGACAUUGGGCCAAACGGCGGCUGAAAAAUUUUUUCGUGUCUUCUUGGUGUUAGCAAAAAACAAAGGAGAAUAAAAAAAAGAGCGGAAAACGAGAAUUAAAAAAAAAAAAGUUU